AUGAAGGAUUUUUACAUGAGUGUUGAUCUGGAAGCUGAAUUUAUGGAAAAGAGAGUAACAAAUCCCAUGCAUAAUGAUAGUGAUGAAGACCCUAAAGACCCUGAAGAUUUGGAUGUAAUUGAUAAUGACCAAUGGGAUUCAAUGGAUGAGGGUUCUGAUAUGGAAAGGAAAAGGAGAGUUUUAUUAAAAGAAUUAGGGAAGGAGACAAGGUGCUCUCAAGGGGAGAUACAUAAAGUUACUUUUAGGAUAGGACAAAAAUAUAAAAGUAAAAAGAAGUUAAAGGAAAAAAUACAAUUGCAUGCAUUGGAAACCAGGAGGAAUAUAUUCUUCAAGAAAAACGACAAAACAAGGUUAAGAGCUUUAUGCAAAGGGACUGUAGCCUUUAAUGAGGGUGAUGCUGGUGAACCUACCCUUUGUCCUUGGGUGAUACAAGGUUCUAGAUCAAAUAAAGAUGGUAGUUGGAUGAUUAAAACAUAUAACCACGAACACAGAUGCUUGCAUACAAGAAAAGUGAGAUCUGCAACUGCAAAGUUAAUUGGGAAGCAAAUAAUGGAUCAGGUUGAAUUAAACCCAACAAUCCCUGUGAAAGCUUUAAAAGAGCAACUGCAAAAGGAAUAUCAAGUGGGUUUCUCUAUACAUCAGAUUUUCAAGGCUAAAUCUAAUGCAAAAAAACAAGUGCAAGGGGAUUACAGCAAACAGUAUGAGGUUCUCAAAGAUUAUGUCUUAGAGCUACAGUCUACCAAUCCAGAUACAACUGUGAAGUUAGAAUUUGAGUCUGAACCCAACUCCAAUGCCACCUCAAGAAGAUUUAAAAGAAUUUGUGUGUGUCUGGGUGGAAUGAAGAAAGGGUUUAGAGCUUGCCUGAGGGAUUUUCUUGGUUUUGAUGGGGCAUUUAUGAAGGGCCCUUUCCCGAGACAGAUAUUGACUGCAGUUGGGGUAGACUCAAACAAUGGAAUAUACCCCUUGGCUUAUGCCAUUGUUGAGUCUGAGAAUACUCAAAGCUGGAAAUGGUUUCUUGAGAUUUUAGGAGAUGACCUAGACCUAUAUGCAAACUCAAACUUCACAUUUAUAAGUGAUAGACAAAAGGGUUUACAAGCAGCCAUUGCUCAGUUGUUUCCAUGUGCUGAGCACAGAUAUUGUCUCAGGCAUAUACAUGAUAAUAUGAAAAGAACAUGGAGAUCCAUUGAACACAAAGAACACUUGUGGAAUUGUGCCACAACAACAACAGUCCAAGAGUUCAACCACUUAAUGAAUGAAUUCAACUUAUUUGACAAGGAUGCAUAUAAUUGUUUGAAGCAGAUCCCCCCACAACACUGGCCAAGAAGCCACUUCACAGGGAGAGCAAUAUCAGAUAUGCUUUUAAAUAAUCUUUGUGAAGUUUUCAACAACAAAUUGGUUGAAGGAAGGGAUAAGCCACUAAUAACUUGCUUGGAGUACAUCAGGGAAUACAUGAUGAAAAGAAUCUGUAAUGUCAUCAAGGUGCAAAAUAAGUGUGUAGGGCCUCUAACUCCUUCUGCAACAAAGAUUAUGGACAAAAAUGUCUAUUUGGCAUCUCAUUACACAACUAGGUGGAAUGGUUCAGACAAAUACCAAGUGAAAGGGCCAUGGCAGGAUCAACAAGUUGUUGAGAUGGCAGAAAGGGUAUGCAGCUGCAGGAAGUGGGAAUUAACUGGCCUCCCUUGUAAACAUGUCAUAGCUGUCCUAAAUGAUAAAGCAGAUAAUGGUGAAAAGAUUGGAGAGUUACACACUUAUGUCCACAGGGUGCAUUGGCUAGAAACUUGGAAAGCAACUUAUGUUCAUAAUGUAGAGCCUAUUAAAGGGAGAGAAAUGUGGCCUAUAAGUGAUUGCCCAAUUAAAAUCACCCCUCCUCUGCACCAUAAUCAGCCUAGGAGACCCAAGAAAAAAGAAGGCAAUUUGCAGGGGAGAGAAGCCAGAAGAAGGGAGAGAAUGGUAAUGGUGCUAGUGGGAGUCAAACUGAUGGGGCUAGUGGGAGUCAAACUCAUGCUGCAAGUGGGAGUGGGAAGUUAA